AUGUUUUCUCCGCCAAAAGUUCAUCCCUUUGAAGAAAAUUAUAUACAAAAAGUGCAAAUUGAUAUUGAACGCAGUCCAUUAUUGUAAUAUGAAUUGCCUUCAGAUCUUUAAUUAUUGUAUGUUAUUCUGAUAUGAUAUUUAGUAAAUCUUAAAGUUAAUUAUGCGAUGAUGAUUAACAAUCUCCUUUUUAAGCUGCUAGGAAUCUACCUCUUUAAAGAUUUAAUUCAGAAGUUUUUCAUGAUUUUUAAGGAUGUCAAUAGUAAAUAAUAGGAGAUAAUAAUAAAUUUUUAAAAUCAAGAAAAUUUAGAGCUGACUUAUCGAAAUUUACAGGAGAUUUUGAAGUUCUACAUUAAAUAGGAAGAGGUUCAAAAGGAGUGGUUUAUAAAGUAUUAUCAAAAGUUGAUGGAUUGUAUUAUGCAGCAAAGAAGGUGCCUAAGGAAGAUAAUAUUUAAACUUUAACAUUAGAUGGAUAAGUUCAAUUUAAUUGCUGUUAUUAACAUUAAGGAUUUUUGUAUAUAAUAAUGGAACACUGUGAGUAUUCAUUAAAGUAAAGACUUAUGUAUAGAGUUUAUGAAUCAGAAAUUCGAUAGAUAAUAGUUGAUGUUUGUGAAGCUUUGUAGAACUUCCCUUAACCACAUUUACACAUACAUGGUGGAAAUGUAUUGCUAAGCAAAUAAAUGAAGUAUAAAUUAAGUGAUUAUGGAUAUUCAAAUCAUACAAUUCAUUCUGCUCCUGAAAAAAUAAAGAGCAAAUUAUCAGAUAUUUAUUAAUUAGGUUUUUUGUUGAUGGAAUUAAUGCUUGAAAAAGAGUUAAGUUAGAUAAAUUCUUUGGUUUUACAAAAGUUCGAUAAUUUAUCAUAUUAUUCAGUAUCGUUAAAAUAAUAAAUCAAAAAAAUGGUAUCAGUAAUUCCAGAUUAAAGACCUGAUAUUUAAUAAUUAAUUAAUUUUGCAAAAGUGAAUUUAGAUUAAGAGCUAACCUUACUUUAAGAGUAGAACGCUGAAUUGCAAAAAUAGAUAGACGAAGUAUAACCGAAAACCAGAAGAAGGAUUUAAAGCGAAUGA